AUGGCCUUCAAGGUCUCCUUGCAACCCCCGGGAGCGGCCAGCGGAGCACCCGAGCCCGACACUGGUGAGUGCCAGCCCGCCGCCGCAGCCGCCGCCGCCGAGCCCCGAGAAGCCGCCUCCGCUGCCACCAAGAUGCCCGCCUUCUCCUCCUGCUUCGAGAUGGUGUCCGGGCCCGCCGCGCCCUCCUCGGCCUCCGCCGCCGCCCCCGGCCCGGCCGGCGCCUCCUGCAAGCCGCCGCUGCCGCCGCACUACAAGUCCACGGCGCAGAUCACCGUGCGGGCCCUGGGUGCCGAGCGGCUCCUGCUCCCGGGACCCGACCCCGGCCCCGGCCCCGCGACGGGCGCAGCCCCGCGCAGCCGCUGCCUCCUGCUAGCUCCGGCGCCCGGAGCCCCGGUACCGCCGCGGCGAGGCUCCUCGGCUUGGCUGCUGGAGGAGCUGCUGAGGCCCGACGGUCCCGAGCCCGCCGGUCUGGAUGCCUCCCGGGAGGGGCCCGACAGAAACUUCCGACUGAGCGAGCACCGCCAGGCCCUGGCCGUCGCCAAGCACCGGGGCCCGGCGCCGCCACCCGGGAGCCCAGAGCCUGCCACCCCCGGCUUGUGGGGCGAGGAGCCUCGGGCCGGGAGGAUUCCCCGAGGCUGCGAUCGCAGUGACCCUCCGGGUGCCGACGUACCUCGGCGGCACGACCCGGAGGCCGAGGCGCACCGGGCAUCCACAAGGAACGGGGAGGUGACCCAGACCGGCGCCUCCGAGACCUCGGUGGUGGCAUCCAGGUCGGAUCCCAGAGACGAGAAGCUCGCCCUGUACCUGGCCGAGGUGGAAAGGCAGGACAAGUACCUGAGACAGAGGAAUAAGUUCCGAUUCCACAUCAUUCCCGAUGGCAACUGCCUCUACCGAGCUGUCAGCAAGACGGUGUACGGGGAUCAGAGCCUGCACCGAGAGCUCCGGGAGCAGACGGUGCACUAUAUCGCCGAUCAUCUGGACCACUUCAGCCCCUUGAUUGAGGGCGACGUGGGGGAGUUUAUCAUCGCUGCCGCCCAAGACGGAGCGUGGGCCGGUUACCCUGAAUUGCUGGCCAUGGGCCAGAUGCUGAAUGUGAAUAUUCACUUAACUACUGGCGGGAGGCUGGAGAGCCCCACAGUGUCAACCAUGAUUCACUAUUUGGGCCCAGAGGAUUCUCUAAGGCCUAGUAUUUGGCUCAGCUGGCUCAGCAAUGGACACUAUGAUGCGGUUUUUGAUCACUCCUACCCCAACCCCGAGUAUGACAAUUGGUGCAAGCAAACUCAAGUGCAGAGAAAACGUGAUGAAGAGCUUGCCAAAUCCAUGGCCAUAUCCCUAUCCAAAAUGUAUAUUGAACAAAAUGCAUGCUCUUGAAAUGUCUGCAAACCUUGCACCCCGGGGAAAAUGGCAUACAUCAGUUGUGUUUGGAGAAUCACAUGAACUCUAAUCAGGGUAAUAGCACUUUUAAACUUCCUAGUAGAUUUACUGUAGGUGUAAUGCCUUAAUCAUUUUUUCUUUGAAUGUUUCCUCAGAUCCUAAGGUUGCUGGUUACCUAAAUGAUGUUUCCUGAUAGCUUUGGGUGAUCCUACUGCUAUUUAUGAUUUGCUUUAUAAAGUGAGCACUACUUAAUUUGCAAGCUAAUGUCUCACAGUAUGAAUUUAUUCAUUCCUCAGUCUGUUUUCUAUAAAAAUGUAUUUUUGCACAACGUUUUUAAAAAUUGGUGUACUUUUCAUCUAUAUUGUGUUCCACUUUGAAAGACAGCUUUUAAGCAUAAAUUCAGAGAACUGCUUUAUAUGAAAUUUAUGAUUUGGACAGUUUGUGAUUUAGUAGUUAUUUUACUCUGUUGGCAUUUAAGUUUUACAAUUCUUAAUUAUUUCAAAUGGAUAUUGAUACAUUCAUGUUACCAGAUGAUUGGCCCAUUCCAUUUUGAUGAAACAACCUGAUUUGUUGUUUUCCUUUUUUGGGGGGAUGUUAUUUUUCUAGAUAUGUUCAGUGUUUGAAGAGAAAUGCUCAAGGGAUAGCUGUGUGAUGAUUUGACUUUAAAGGACAGUAGCAGGUCUUACUUGAAUGAAAAGUCUUACUGAUGGCAGAAUGAUGAUUCUAUACUCUGAUGUUUAGAGUAGAUUAGAUUGUCUGGUGCUCUCAGCUGUUUUAUUGCAGUUUCUUAGGAAAGAAUUUUAAUAGGGUAUGAAAUUGUGCGGGAAUAUCAGCCCUCCUGUUCUGUAUAGCUUCUUGAGCUCUGAGAGCCGUAAAGAGUGACGGCAUGCGAGCCUGCAGGCAGCCUUGGCAGUUGUUUUAUACUAGGGGCAGACUGUCUUAAUACUCUGUUCCUUUCACAUUCUUCCAAAAGACAAAAUGGAAUUACCUUGUGUUAUGUAAAAAUGUAAACAGAGCCUGUAUGGUUUGCUGGGUCAAACAGUGUUUCCAAUCUAAAAAUCGGUCCUGUUUAACUACCUGUAGUCAUAUUUAUUAAGUAAUUCAGUUUGUACUUUUUUAUUUUGUAACAUUUUGUGAUUUUUUUGUACAAUAAUGUAUUUGUACAAUAGAACAAUUCUGAGCUGAUGGAAUGAAUGAAUAAAAUGCAUACUUUUA